CCCACGCUCACGUGCAGAGUAGGAACCCGGGGUGGCACUUCCACUACACCUUAUACCAAGGAAGAGGAGGAGAAGAUGGCCGCCAUUCUGAGGGAAAGGAAAGAGAAAAAAGAGGCCAAGAAAAAGGCUCUACAGGAGGAGCAGGCGGCAAAGUUGAAAAAGAUAGAGGAGGAGAUGGCCAAAGAGAAACAGAGGUUGAAGAAAGAAGAAGAAGCGAAAUUGAAGGAGGUGGAAGAAGAAGAGGAGGAAGAUGAUCAGCCACUGGAAAGGAGAAGAGAGCAGCGAGGGCAGUACAGUGGCAGCAAGAGUGAGGAGAUGGAGAAGAGGAUCUCAAAAUGGGUCGCCAACUUAUCCUUGGGGGAAGAAGAAGAGGUAGCCAUGUACAUCCCCAAGGAUGAGCAAGAAGCCGCUAUGAAGGAGUGGGAAGCAGAAGAAGAUGUUCUGAAGCGGCAGGCGAUGGAGGAUGAAAAGAGGAUGGAGUGGAAACUUAGAAUGAUGAGGGAGAAGAAGAAGAGGGUGGACGCGGCGAGUGAAGCGGUUAAGGAUCUAGAGGAGGUGCAAAAACUGACUCUACGAUUGACCCCUCAGGUAGACCUCCAACAAAAGGUAGAGAUCAUUGCCCAGAGUGUUGAGCGUUUGGCCCGAGUGAAGGAACAACAAUAUGAGUUUAGUCGAUGUCAGGAUAUGGCCGUGCGCUCGAUGCGAAUGGGAUUUCGGGACUUUGCUCGCGAACUGGUAGGCGCAGUAGGAGCCGAGGUGAACCAUCGCCUCGAGAAGACUGAACGCUUCUGUGUCGGCGCCAUUGAAGGCGUCAAGGCGGCAGCUCCCAAGGAGGAGGAGGCACGUCCCCGUAGGGAGCCAGUCAAAGUCAAGUUCCCUGAUUCCUACAGUGGAAAAAUGGAAGAAAACUUUGACAAUUGGGAGGCCAACGUCAAGACCUAUGUGCAUCUGCAAUAGGUCUCCCCAGAUCAGCACGUGUUGAUUGCGAUUCACGCGCUUAGAGAUGAAGCCGCCAGUUUGGCGAGGUCCCUCCUCCGCGCUGCCAACUGCAAUGAAGAUGCAGUUGCGUA